GUUCUCGUUCAUGAUUGUUUUUAUUUUUUUGACAGCAAGAUCUUCAGGGAGUUGUGCUAUCAGAAUAAUGCCACCAACAUUGCGACUGACUCGGUUUUUUUGCAUUUCAAUUUGCAGUCAAGUAAAAAUUAGAUGAAUGCAAGAGCUGUGCAAAAUGAAGGCUGCUGCAGUUUGAAUAUUUUCAUUUCGUCAUUUUCUUCAUUCAAUCAAUACUUCUUUUUUUGCUGGAAGUACGGCGUUUCUGCUGCUGAUGCUGCUGCCUGGCUCAAUUUGUCGUCUAAACAGGUGUGGAACAAGAUUAUUUUCUUUGUGCUACCGCCACAAUUGGCAGGGUUCCCCCCCUUUUUUCCUGUGAAAAGCUUUUAUAUUUUUUUUGCAACAGGAUCAUACUUCAAAAAAUUACUUUUGCGCGUAAAACAGGUCUUCUUGCUAUUGGCAGGCCCAAUCCAAUGUUGGCGCUGGAAUCCGUGUAUGUUUAUAAAAAAAUAUGUCAAUAUCACCUGAAUGCUGAAUGUUGGAUGCUGAAUGCAAUGAU